AUGCCCAUCCCCAUAAUUCAAAAGGGAGUUCAAGAGGGCCUAUCAUCUAUUCCAUAUGCGUACACAGCCCUCAGAAUCGCACCAUGGGUUCUCAUUCUCGCCGCGCUGAAGUUCUGGUUCGGUGGUGCCAGGAACCGUUCUGAGCGGUUGAUGCACUCCAAAAUUGUUAUUAUUACGGGCGGCACAUCCGGCAUAGGCGCAACAGUAGCCUACGAACUCGCCUCCCGCGGCGCCCAAGUCAUCCUCCUAACCCAACACUCGCCCUCCGACAUCUUCCUCGUCGAAUACAUCGAAGAUCUACGCAAAUCAACAGGCAACCAGCUUAUCUACGCCGAACAAGUCGACCUCUCCUCGCUAUACUCGAUCCGAACGUUCGCGACGAAAUGGAUCGACAAUGCGCCGCCGCGGAGACUGGAUAUGCUCAUUCUAUGUGCGAACACGGUUGUCCCCUCGAAGGGCGGGCGGAAGACGACCGUCGAUGGCCUGGAUGAGGAAUGGCAAGUGAAUUAUCUGGCGAAUUUCCACCUGUUGAGUAUUCUCAGCCCGGCAUUGAGGGCGCAGCCGGCGCAUCGCGAUGUGCGAGUGAUCUUCACGACGUGUCCGAGCUAUAUCGGCGCGGAGUUUGAUCUUAGGAAAGCCGUUAUUGAGGAUAAGCCUGCAAAACCUAACAAGAAGUCCAAGACCGUCCCUGCUAGCCAAAACAACAGCCUCUUCGCCCUAAGCAAACUCUCCCUCAUGAUCUUCGCCCAGUCCUUCCAAGCUCACCUCAACGCCUACAAACGCCCCGACGGCCAACCCCCUUGCACGCGCGUCAUCACCGUCGACCCGGGCUUCAGCCGCACCCCGGGAACCCGUCGCUGGCUAACCGGCGGUUCCCUCUGGGGUCUCCUCCUCUACCUCCUCACCUGGCCACUGUGGUGGUUAAUCCUCAAAUCGCCGCAGCAGGGCGCGCAGAGUAUUCUGUACGCUGCUAUGGAAGCGCGGUAUGGACGGGAUAAGGGCGGGUGGAUGAUCAAGGAGUGCCGGGAGGUUGAUUUCUCGCGGAAGGAUGUGAAGGAUGAGGAGCGGGCGAAGGAGUUGUGGGAGUUUAGUGAGAAGCAGAUUGAACUGAGGGAGAAGGAGGGGGCUGUUUUGAGGGCAAUUGAAAAGAAGGAGGAGGAAGAGGAGAAACGGAAGGCUGAGGAUAAGGGGGCUGCUAAGGAGCCGAUGCCGGGGUCGCGACGCAGUCGAAAGGCGAAAUAG